GGGGAGGACAGUCAUUUGCAGCACGAGAGAGGAAAGAGCGGCACAGAAGAGGCUGCGGAGGACAAGAGUUCAGAGGUCAGCAAUUCCCCGUCCCGCCGCCGCCGCCGUGACCACAUCGCCCCCCCCUCCCCCUCUGCCCCUGGGAUGUGGUCACAAGGCUCUCCCUUUGAAAUGAUUGAACUGAAAACUUUGGACCCCUGCGACGGACUGGACCUGACCCGCAGCCCCAAAGCGGGUCACCGGCUGGAGAGGACCAACGCGGUGCGGAUCCCCCCCGGCAGAGCCCCCGCCAUCCUGCAGAGGAGUCUACGGAGGAGAGGGGGCGCCGGGCCGGGGGACAGCCUCCCCGCGGGGAAGGUGGGCGAGGGGCACUACUUCCAGCCCACCUCCCACACGCAGUACACCUGGUGCGACCUGUGCGGAGAAUUCAUCUGGGGCAUCUACCGCAAGAGCCUGCGCUGCACCUACUGCAACUUCACCUGCCACUACCGAUGCCGGGCCCUCAUCCGCCUGGACUGCAGCCAAGGGGGGGAUUCUGAGGCCGACGAAGACUCGAUACAAGAUACGGCCUGGGAGAAAGACACUAAUGUGGAUGAGAAGCCGGAGAAACAAAUCCCGGCACCGGAGCUGAGCCAGAAGGAGACGGAGCAGAAGAUCAAAGAAUAUAACUCUAAGAUGAAGAGCAAUCUCUUCAUGAGUAUGAACAAAGAUGGCUCCUACACCGGCUUCAUCAAGGUUCAGCUGAAACUGGUCCGCCCGGUGUCCGUCCCCCCCGCCAAGAAGCCGACCGGCGCCCGGGAACGGAGGGGGUCGGCCAACUCCCAGCAGGUGAAACGCAGGACCUCCUUCUACCUCCCCAAAGACGCCUCGAAGCACCUCCACCUCAGCUCCCGCACCCCGGCCAGCGAGGUCAUCCAGGCGCUCCUGCGCAAGUUCACCGUUCUCGACAACCCGCGGAAGUUUGCGCUGUUCCAGCGGACGGAGCAGGAGGGGCAAGUCUCCCAGAAGAAAUUAUCGGAUGACGAGGAGCCGCUGAAGCUGCGUCUGCUGGCCGGACCGUGCGACAAAUCUCUGAGCUUUGUGCUGAAGGAGAACGAGACCGGAGAAGUCAAUUGGGACGCUUUCAGCAUGCCGGAGCUGCAGAACUUCCUGCGCAUCCUGCAGCGGGAGGAGGAGGAGCACAUGCGCCAGAUCGUCCAGCGCUACACCCGCUGCCGCCAACAGAUGCAGGAGGCCCUGACCGAGCGCCCCCCCGGCUGACGAACCCGAGCACCCGCCCAGGGAAAAAAAUAUAAAAGGAGCGUGUGAAGACUGCGAGACUGAAUCCCGAAGACGCAAAAACGCGGUGUGACUGAGUCUGAAUGUGGGGGAAGGUGCGCGUGCCCCGGCCCAACGGGCAUCCGAUCGCCCCCCCCUGGGGGGGCGUAUGUGAGUGAGCGGAAGAGAGCGAGAGUGUCUGCAUGGGACACACGAGAAGAUGUCACAGUGAGAGCAGCCAGAGAGUGACACUACACUGACUUAUAUGUUCCACGGCUGCAGAGUUCAGGUACAACUCAGGACUGCUCCAUUUCUGAGGGGAAAUGCGACGGCCUGGAUGUACGGGAGCGGGAGCUGGUCCAACUCUGGUCUGCUGGCACCAGAUGCGGGAACAAGGCGGACAUGUAGAGGGGGGGGCGAUGUAAUGUCACCCCCAGGUCCUGCACCGCUGGGGUUCACGUGGGGACACAGCUGCCUGUCAGCACUUUAUAUGUUGUCUUUGUCUUUUAUAUGGUCGUUAUGUUGCACUUGAUAUGUGAUGUUUGUAAGAAUAAAGAUGAACUGCUCAGGCCUGACA